AAUGACGCACGAGGCAUAGCGGAAGUCCGAGGAGGGGCCGCACUAGCCGCAGCGCCAUGGUGGAUUACAGCGUGUGGGAUCACAUCGAGGUGUCCGACGAUGAGGACGAGACUCACCCCAAUAUCGACACGCCCAGCCUCUUCCGAUGGCGGCACCAGGCCCGGUUAGAAAGGAUGGAACAGUUCCAUAAGGAAAAAGAAGAUGUGGACAAAGGAUACAGGGAGUGCAAGAGGAAGUUCAAUGAAUGUCAGAGGAAGAUGAAAGAACUUGAAUUGGCCAGCACAGAAAGUACAAAAAGUGAGCUGCAACGGCUGCAGACAGAGGCUCAGCAACUUAAGAAAGAGGAAAAGAGCUGGGAAGAGAAAGUGGAUCAUCUCAGGAAGAAGGAAAAGACUAUGCCGUGGAAUGUGGACACUCUCAGCAAAGAUGGUUUCAGUAAGAGUGUUUUUAAUGUCAAGCCUGAGCAGCAGGAAGAGUCCGAAGAACAGAAAGAGAAGAAGCAUAAAACAUUCGUGGAGAAAUAUGAGAAGCAAAUCAAACAUUUUGGAAUGCUGCGGCGCUGGGAUGACAGCCAGAAAUAUCUAUCCGAUAACCCCCAUCUUGUGUGUGAGGAGACAGCCAAUUACUUAGUCAUCUGGUGCAUCGAUCUGGAAGUGGAAGAGAAACAUGCCCUGAUGGAGCAGGUAGCUCACCAGACUAUAGAGAUGCAGUUCAUUCUGGAGCUGGCCAAGAGCCUGAAGGUUGAUCCUAGAGCUUGCUUCAGGCAAUUCUUCACUAAAAUCAAGACUGCUGACCAACAGUACAUGGAAGGCUUUAAUGAUGAGCUAGAAUCAUUCAAGGAGAGAGUGCGAGGCCGGGCUAAGGCGCGUAUUGAAAAAGCCAUGAAAGAAUAUGAGGAAGAAGAGCGCCAGAAACGCUUGGGGCCGGGUGGCCUUGAUCCAGUGGAAGUUUACGAGACACUCCCAGUUGAACUCCAGAAAUGCUUUGAUGUGAAAGAUGUGCAGAUGCUUCAGGAUGCUAUUAAGAACAUGGAUCCUGCUGAAGCGAAAUACCACAUGCAGCGGUGCAUUGAUUCUGGCCUGUGGGUACCAAAUGCACGAGGGGCAGAAGGAGGAGAGAAUGGUGACAAACCUGAAGGCGCCUAUGAAGAAUGUCCAAAGGAGAGCUCUGAGGAAGACAAAGGAAACCCCUGAAGCUUUGGCCAGAUUAUCUGUAAAGCAGAUAGCCCCUGCCAACCUUUGUCUUCCCCUUCUUUCCUACCAACUGUUCUGCAAUAAUGUGCUUUGCACACUUAGACACUUCCAAAAUUGUAUGAGCAGCUUUUUGACUGGAGUUUUUGUUCACUAUCUCCAAACACCCCCUUCCCCCCAAACCUUUCAGCAUUGCCACUGGUUGAAAACAAGCAUUUUAGGGGAUCAGAGUGCAAUUUCACAAGAGGUUGGCAUGGCAGGUUGGCCUUCUGUCUUGUCAGGGGCAUGCCAAUUGGUGUGAUAGUUACAAAUGUGCUGUUAUAUUUUGUAUUUUUGUUUGGCAACCAGUUAUGGCUUUUGAGCAAAUAAAAUAGCUUAAAUUGGAAUGGAGUCAAUAGGUGCAAGCUGUUCUUUCACUUGAGAUUCAAAUUAUUCAUUUUGUGUCUCCUUUUGAAAUUGGCUGCCUGAAAAAGGGCAGGGUGCAUAGUCCAGUAGUAGAGAACAUGAGGUGCUGGUGUAAAGUCUCAGUUGUUUCCCUUAAUGUCUCAGGUUAAGCUGUCUUACCUAGGAGAGAUUUAAAAAGACCUUCCUAAAACAAUGAAAGCAAUUGAGUUCUGCCUGCUCUUCCUCCGAUUUAGCAUUAAUAUUUAUUAAGAAAACAAAUUCCUGUUCCAUGUUAUACACUGGAAUAAAUUGUGGUUUUGUAAUGUGUCCUGGGAAGACUAUAGCUCAGUAGUAACUGUAGUAAGUAUCCAAGGUUCAGCCCCUGAUAUCUUCAGAUAGAACUGGAAAAAUAUGUGGCUGAAAAGUUAGAGAACUAUUUGCCAUACUGGGCUAGAUGGAAAAGUGGGUAGGGCUCUAUAAGUCAGUUUGCUGUUUCUCUGUGACCGGCACAAAUACGUCUUUUAGUAACAAAAACGGUCUGUAGUAUUUUAAUGCACCCUGUGGUCUGUUUCUAUUACAGAUGCUUGUAAGUAAGAGGAUUGACCAGUUAUAAUAGGCGCAAUCAAUUAAAUAGUUCUUUUUUUGGAAACCAAAGCAGAUUGCAAACUGUCUUGAAUAUUCUGGGGGAAGGCGAGGAAAAUUAAUUUAAACAAAUUUGUCCUUGUUAGACUUGUUAGGUCAUUUAGUGUAAUGAUAGUUAUGCUUCUCAAGCAUUUCUGUGUCUCGUCUUCCAUUAUGUGUGACCUAUUGUUGUUUCAGCGUGAGGUAUUGGAGAAACAAACUGGUUUCAGUUAGAAAAAAAUAGCUGUGGCAUCUGGCUGCUUUCAAGUACACCAUGGUAACAUUCUGUGGACUCUUGGGACACACCGUUUAAUGAGAAUCCUUUAAAAUUCUCAGUCAGAGAGCUCUCAUGCUUUACAGCACUACAAACCCCAUGAUUCAAUUAAAGUGGAAAUAUAGCGUUGUGAUUGUGUAGUUACAGAGCAACUGUUGUGAAGUGAUUCAAUAUUUGGACUGGACUGGGAGACCAGAGAUUGAAUUCCCCACCCAGUCAUGGAAAUCCACUGGAUGACAGUAGAAAAGUUAUACUUUCGCAGCCUUAGAAGAAAGCAAUGGCAUCCCCCCAAAAAAAACACACACACACAAAUCUUGCUAAGAAUACCCCCACAAUAGGACUUCUAUGAGUCAGAAUCAACUUGAAGACACACAGUUGCAAUAAGUUCUAAGUGUAGGAAUGGACCCCAUGUGUGGGCAGUGUGUAGUCCUACAGAACUUGGACUUUUGAUAGCUAUAGCCACCAAUAAAAUGGUGAAGGACCAUGGGAAUUGCAAUCAGCAGAGGUGCGCACAUUGGCCUUCUCUAUUCUGUUGGUCUUUCCAUAUAUUUUGUGUUUUUCCUUGGUUAAAGAACUAAGUCUCAAGAACGCAUCUCCUUUGUUAACAGAUGUAGACUCGUAUUUGUCUUCCAGGUGUUUUGUCCUAGCAGUGAUGGCUUAUGCAAGCUCCAAUACAAAUAGAUGGAAAAACAAAGGGUUCUUGUGCUGGUGAAGGCAAUUAGUGUUAGUCUGUGUCCUUAUAUAUUUCUGAAUGCAAGUAAUACAUUAUUGCACACAAUUAUGUUUGAUUUCCGUUAGAAUUCCUGCCCUUUUCUAUCUGUUGUCUUCCACCUCUCCCUGGACUUCAAGUGUUGCUAUUAGGAAAGUUACGUGAGCAUGUAUUUAUUCUCUGAAAUGGUCCCUGUGCAAGUCUACAAGCUUUAACCGAUGGACUAACUCUGUCAUACUUCCUUUUACUUAAGAGGUUAUACUAGAUAUCAGAACUCGCCCACACUUCUCCGUCAUCCAGUCAAUGCAUUCUAAUUUGUUUGCUUGGUUCCAGAAUUUCACAGACAUUUGUUUCUAUAUCCAAUACCUACUUUGGGAACAGCGCUUUUUUUCUCAUUUUGGUCAUGUUACAUAGCUUACUAGCACAGGGGUGAGUGAAGAGCAUGUACUAAGGCUACAGUUGCAGUCCUCAACUUUCCUUUCCUUUGUUAACCCUUCCUAUUUUACAAAAUCAGAAUUGGAUUUCUGGUCACUUCCAGAUUGUUCUAAUUUUUAGCAGUAUGUUUAGAUCCUGGAGUAGAGAACCGCCCUCCAGACCCACUCUGUUUGCAAGAUUAUUUAGUUGGGAAGACAACUCUUUUUGAAACUUUUGUGCCAUCUUUUGGCUUGCAGUACUUUCUGCUAAGUGCUGCUUAUGUUCCCACACAAGUGCCCUCAUUUGCCCUGUUGAUCCACACCCACCUAAACACAUUGUGUGGUGUAAAAGCUGCAGAAGCCAGCUUACAAAUGAGCGGAGAAAACCGUUAUAUGUAAUUAAUACAAAAGUGCUUUGGAACAAUCUGAAAGUCAUCUUAAGGGGUGGGAAGGAUAAGGGACAGAGAUCAUUCUUGGAGAAGGUUAUUUGAAAAUGUUCUCUGAGAUCUUUCUCUAAUAAUAUUCUUUCACUACGCUUGAUCUAGAAAGAAAUUUCAGAUAGGAGGUAGCAUUGGUAACUAAUGAAAUAGGCCUUUCCUUAAAUCUGGCCAACUAUAUCUGAGCUAGUCUAUUGGAGCAAGUAAGCAAAAUUUCUGACAUGUCCUUUCCCCUAGAGCAGUGGUUCUCAGUCUGUGGGUCCCCAGGUGUUUUGACCUACAACUCCCAGAAAUCCCAGCCAGUUUAGCAGUUGUUCAGAUUUCUGAGAGUUGAAGGCCAAAACAUCUGGGGACCUACAGGUUGAGAAUCACUGCCCUGGAGAAUAAGGCUGGGUAGUGGCUUCAGCAUUGCACUAUGACUGUGGAGACCAAGGUUCAGUUCCAUGCAUAGCCUUGGAAGGUAACCGGAUGAUUCAUAUGAUUGCAGCCACAGAAAAUCCUAUAUUAGUGUUGCCAUAAAUUGGAAACAACUUGAAGGUGCAGAACAGCAACAAUAAUUGCCCCUACGGUCAUUACUUCCCAGCCUUAUCUGAUCUGCAAUUAUAGGAAUAAGAUCCUCCUUUGCAGGAUUAUUAAUGAAGUGCUCUGAACACUGUAAAUGGUAAUAGCCAUGUACCAAUAAUGAAGUACUCUGCACACAUGUAAAUGGUAAUAGCCAUGUACCAAUAAGCAUCAUGCAUAUAUUUUGGAAAAAGGACUGUCUAUGCAGCUAAAUAAUCCAGGGGUGUAUGGACCUGGAAGGGGGGGAGUGCAGUUUUCUGUUGCAUGUUUUUGGUGGUAUGUAAAUCCUGACCACCAAAAAAUACACACCACUGGCAACCGCUUCACUGUUACCCAGAAUAAAGUCAUAUUGGUUUCCAGAAA